UUCUUUGGUUCGCUUUAAUCCUCUUCAUCUUCCCCUUCAACACUUUACACCAGAUUCAACAUGGUUGCCUCAAUGAACUCCAACCUCGAGUGCAAGGAUCACCAGCGCGAUGCUGAAUUCAACAAAGCUAUGCAUGGCACCUCAGCCCAGGCUCGAGGUGGCGUUGCUGCCAUGUUCCGCAAGGGCAGUGCUGCUAAACAGGCUGCUAUCGAUGAGUAUUUCAAGCAUUGGGAUAACAAGCCCGCGGAGAAUGAGACUCAGAAGGAGCGCGCUGCUCGUCAAACCGAAUACGCCACCUUGACCCGACAUUACUACAACCUUGCUACCGAUCUAUAUGAAUAUGGUUGGGGUCAGUCCUUCCACUUCUGCCGAUUCUCUCCGAGUGAGCCUUUCUACCAGGCCAUUGCCCGUCAUGAGCACUACCUUGCCUACCAUAUUGGUAUUAAGGAAGGUAUGAAGGUCCUUGAUGUUGGUUGCGGUAUUGGUGGCCCUGCUCGUGAGAUCGCCAAGUUCACAGGUGCCUAUAUUACCGGUCUUAAUAAUAAUGACUACCAAAUCGAGCGUGCCACCCACUACGCCUUCAAGGAGGGUCUAUCAAAUCAGCUUAAGUUCGUCAAAGGUGACUUUAUGCAAAUGUCUUUUCCUGAUAAUAGCUUUGAUGCUGUCUAUGCUAUUGAGGCUACCGUACAUGCCCCUACCCUGAAUGGUAUCUAUAGCGAGAUCUUCCGAGUUCUUAAGCCUGGUGGUAUCUUUGGUGUAUAUGAGUGGCUUAUGACUGAUAAGUAUGAUAACGAUAACCUCCGCCACCGCGAGAUCCGCUUAGGUAUUGAGCAGGGUAGCGGCAUCUCUAAUAUGUGUAAGGUCUCUGAGGGACUUGCUGCUAUUAAGGAUUCUGGCUUUAAGAUGCUCCACUAUGAGGAUCUAGCAGAGCGCUCUGAUGCUCUUCCUUGGUUCUGGCCUGUGGCCGGUGAGCUCAGCUAUAUCCAGUCCAUUGGUGAUAUCUUUACCAUUAUACGCAUGACUACCUGGGGUCGAACUAUCGCCCACGGCCUUGCUGGCCUCCUUGAGAUCUUCAAGCUUGCUCCCGCUGGAACCAAGAAGACCGCUGAUAGCCUGGCUCUCGCUGCCGACUGUCUAGUCGCUGGUGGUCGGGAUCAUCUCUUCACCCCCAUGUACCUCAUGGUGGCUCGCAAGCCUGUUGCGUAAAUA